AUGGCUGCUACGGAGUCCGUGCCCGUGAUGGGCGACACCGAGACGGGCACCACGGCCGAGCCUCAGCGCAGCGAGGAGGCGGGCUCACCACGACAGAAAACGAUGCGAUCCUCCCUCCGUUCGAUACAUGCGUCCUCGCCAAUGCAAACGAUGAACGGUUUGGCAGUCGGGGCAGACGAGGCGGAACCCAGGGCGGCAGCGGCAGCGACAGUACUAGAGCCACACUACUCGUCGAUAGACAGCGGACUGGAGUCACUGAACUUGCGUCCAGACCCAGACGCCCAAGCAACGGUGACGGACUUCCUCGACUUUACCGAAUACCUGCCCUCAGACAUUGUGCGGUCGCUCACGCUGAUCGGCGAUCUCGACCAGACGUACGUGGACGCAUCGACAAAGGUGCACGAGCUCACAGCGCUCUGGGGGAGCUUGCCGACGAUGGCAGCGGAAGAGCGACGGCAGCCGGUGAAGCUACGGGCCGAUAUAUCAGCGAGCCUGCGCCGUGGUCUUAGCUCGCGGAUCUACGCACACGACGAGGCCCAGCGGAUGGCCAAGAAUGUCAACCGCCACUACUACCGGGCCAAGACGAUCCUGGAAAAGCUGCGGGCCAUGCUGGAGAACUACGCAGAGGCAGAGGCGGAGCAACAGGAGCAACAAGAACAACAUAAGCAACGAGAGCAACAACAGAAGCAGCAGCAGCAACAGCAGCAAGCAGUGAAAGGGGCAGCAGCGGCGGCUGCAGGGCGCGGACCAAAACAAGUGGGCGUGGCACGGGUGCAUCGACAGAGAGUGCCACGCAUUACAGUACCGGGCGAGGUGUUGGCGCCUUACGACAUGGAAUACGACGUGUUCAGCGACGACAGCGACGUCAGCUCUCCGUCGUCCUCGGACGAGUCUCUGGCCCUGGGUCACACGGCCGGAUCGGCGGUGCAGCCGCGCAUCAAAGUGUACAAGGCACCAGGCGGGGGUCUUUCGGCGGCUGGGGGGUUGUUGACUGGUUCGGGGGCACCCAAGCCGCCAAAGGUGCGGAUGCCGCGGGCUCCACGGCAGCCGGGGCAGCCGUAUUUGUCGACGAGCUCGGCGCUGGCGCAGCUGAAGCCACCACCGGAGAACGCGGUGAUUGGCAGCGCGGACGCGCCGUGGUUGCAGCUGACGCCAUAUGAGCUGGCCAAGCUGCGGAAGAGAAUGAAGAAGAAUGCGCAGUGGACGCCGAGCGAGACGAUGAUUGCACGAGAGCUCAAGGCGCUGGGCCGGAAUCUAGAGGCGUACAAGGUAGCCAAGAGGAAGGCAGAGGAGGACGGACGGCCAUUUGACGGGUCGCUGCCGGAGGCGGUGAUGGAGGCAGACGGCGUGGCUCGGGCGCCUCUGGGAGCGUUGAGCGUGGACGCGGCCCUGGCAGCAGAGCACAAGCAGCUGACGAAUCGAGGGAUGAAGCUGAAUGAAGCAAAGAAGCUUAAGAACAACUUGGCGCAGCUGGCGGCCCAGGAAGCCGAGGAGUCUACGCGCAAGAUGAUUGAACAAGCACGGGCUCUGCUGUCGCCAUAUACGCAGCAGAAUGCAGGGAGUGGUGGUGCCGGUAGCAGCGGCAAUGGCACCGGCAGCGGAAGCGGUGGGAAUGGUUCGACUGCGACGACGCCGGCGACAUUGGUACCGGGGACGGCGGACCAGGGAAGCAGCCGACAGGGCAGUAUCGCGGCGACGCGAGCAACGACACCGCUGUCACGGAAGCGGAAGCGAGAGGCCGGGACGGCCGCCGGGAUGGCCGAGGGGACGGACGGAAGCGUGGAAAAGGUGGAGGGAUCAAUGGAGACGAUAUCGUCCAUGUCGUCUCCAGCAUUGACGGCCGUCGGUGGAGGAUCAGGGUCGCAGUCGCAGUCACAGUCGCAGUCGCAGUCGCAGCGGCAGCUGUCGAAGCGAGUCAAGACGGAGACGCCAGUCCCGAUUCCACAGCACGCGGCGAUACUCGACGACGCCGGUGCCGACGCCGGUGAUGGGUCCGGAGCAGCCGACAGCGACAGCGGCAGCGAUGUCGUCGUCUCUGAAGCAGACAUCGUCUUCGACAUCGCCGCUUUCGGUGGUGUCGAGCCUCUCGGUGGCGACGGUGACGACAACGGUGCCGCUGAAGCCGCCAGCCGAGACGCCAAUCCCGCCGCCAGUGCACUCGCCUCGGAAGUCAACGACGCCGAUCCACCCGCCGGCCGGACGACAUCCAAGCCACCGUCUCGAGCGGUGACGCCGGUUGUGCCGAUCGUGAUCUCAGCGGAUACGAGCAGCAACAUAGGAGCAGAAACGACGGCCAUAUCAGCGUCGAUCACGGCCACGACGACAGCUACAACUACAAUGACGACAAACAUGACACGACGGCCGCAGUCUCGGGGCGCCAGCGUUGGCGGCAACAGCGGCGGCGGACUGGGCCAGGAGCUGGAGGCGACGCUGGCAUCAGAGCGGCCGCGACGAACGAGUGCAGCACGCCUCACGCCCGGACCUGAAGCUGGGCGGACAGCGAACAAGCGGGUUAAGCGCCCGGCUCCAGGAGUGAUCAGCCGGACGAACUCGGGCGGCAGCGCAGCAGUGGGACGACGCAAGGCGGCGCCACGAAAGAAACGAGGACCACAGGCGGCGGUAUUGUUACAGCAGCAACAACAGGCAGAGACAGACGGCGACGUGGAGGUAGACGACGAGGGCAACGUGAUUGACGCGGACGAGCCGCGAUACUGCGUGUGCAACCGGGUCAGCUUUGGGACGAUGAUCCAGUGCGACAAUGUUGAGGAAUGGUUUCACCUCGAAUGUGUGGGACUGACAGCUGUGCCGGCGCGCACGACCAAGUGGUACUGUCCAGACUGCCGGGUGCUGCUGAAGAUUGGCGAGAAGGGCGAGGUCAGCGCCCGGGGCGUGAGGAUGUGA